AACCACUUGGCAAGGAGUUGGGAGCCAGGAAAUUGACAGUUGUUUUCUGGAGAGGAGAGGGCAGAACCAAGGGAGUCUGUCUCAGAAGAUUUGACAAAGGAAAGAUUUAGAAGGAAAGGGCUGCACCAUGGCAUAUUCUCUAUCUCAUCGAAAGCCUAUCUCUUUCGAUGUAGGGAGAAGAAUGAUUUUCACAGGUCCAGAUGGUAUAAAAGAUCAUAAACCUAAAUUUCCUGCUAAUACUAAAUACAUUGGGGAAAAGCGUCCAAUAUUAGAGGCAACCAGUGAGCUUGAUUACUUAUGGAGACCUGCCCCAAACAGGAGUUUUACAGCAAGACAGAAACAUUUCUAUGUUGGUGAAAUCGGUUGGGGAAUACCAGAAUUGAGUUUCAUCAAUCAAUCAAGACUUGAGACAGAUGUGAACAUCAAGCGAGGAGAAUUUCGUAGAUUCUGGAGGAUACCAUCACUCAUCGGUACCAAAAUCCAUG